GUGUUUAUGGAAUGUAAUCAGAUAUGUGUUUCCUGUUGCCUAUUCGGCAUGAUAUAGAUUUUUUUUUUCCUUGAAGAAAAAGAUGAGGGUUAAAUAACACUGUUGAGAAAACAGCUAAAACUGGUCACCCAUGCCUGGCUGAGCUGGUUUGCUAGCCUGACCAGAUUUAAGUGCCCAGAACCCCUGUAAAACCAGCUACCAGCUAAGACCAGCCAAGUAUAAAACUACUAAAAACCUCUAAAGCCAGUCUAAUUAAUUAUUUCAGUAGUGAAAUGUAGCCUCUAAACUACUGGAAAAUCCAGCCUAAUCUGGUAGCUGGGUUUUUGGAACGUGGUAGCUGGUCUAAAUUGGUCAUGAACUGCUCCAAACUGGUUUUUGGAACAUGGUAGCUGGUCAUAAGUGGGUCCAAGCUGGUUUUUGGAACAUAGUAGCUGGUCUAAACUGGGCAUGAGCUGGUCUAAGCUGGUUUUUGGAACAUGGUAGCUGGUCUAAACUGGUUAUGAGUGGGUCCAAGCUGGCCUUUAGCUGUUUUUUUUUUUGUUUUUUUUUACGUGGUAGCUGGUUGGCCAUCUAAGGACCAGUUAUCAUGUUCCAAAACACAGCUACAAACUUAAACUGGAUUUGUAUUUUUUCUGCAAUAUCUUUUACCAGGGUAAGGUGUUGGAUUCAUUACCAAUGUUUCAGAAUGUAUGUAAGUUUAGUUUACAUGCAGUUUAUGGCUUAAAUACUGUUCCUGACCUUUCAACUGCAGCUGGAAUUUGGCUGUGGCUCUCUGUUAAUAAUGUACCUUGUAAAGAAAAGAAAAAAAUGUUUGUUAACGAAAGUGAAACGGCACUUUAACGGGAAGCUUAUAAAGGUUAGGACGCCACUGCAGCAUCGUGGAAAGUUAAUUACCUACUAAACUUGUGACUGAGUGAACAGGAAAGACAAUAAGGCGGUAUGGACAACUUUAACGAAAUUGAGCGAUCAUAAACGCGACAAUAAUGAGCGAUAAAAGUUGUUGCGUUUCACUGGCUCAGUGCUUUUUUGACUACUCGACGUCAAAAAUAUUGGUGAUAAGGAGUAGAAAAGUAGGAACGCUAAAUCGGUUCACUCAAGCUUUAGUGAUAGCGUAUAUCAUUGGAUAUGUGUGUAUUCUGAAGAAAGGCUACCAGGACACUGACACCGUACUGAGCUCUGUCACGACCAAAGUGAAAGGCGUUGCCCUAACAAACACUACAGAGUUGGGCGAACGGAUUUGGGAUGUGGCUGACUACAUCAUUCCACCUCAGGUAGUCCGUCGAUAUGACGAUAAGGAGGAGCAUAGCUCAUUCUUUGUUAUGACCAACAUGAUCAUCACCCCAAACCAAACACAGUCAAAAUGUGCAGAGAUUCCAACACCGGCAUCCAUGUGCACCUCUCACAAGGACUGCAAAAGAGGCUUCAAUGAUGCUCGAGGGAAUGGUGUUCGGACAGGUAGAUGUGUCAAUUUCACUGAUUCGGUGAAAACGUGUGAGUUGUUGGCCUGGUGUCCUUUGGAGAAGACUAUCGAACCUUCAGAUCCACCGCUCCUGGCAGAUGCUGAAAACUUCACUGUACUCAUAAAGAAUAAUAUUCGAUAUCCCAAAUUUAACUUCAACAAAAGGAAUAUCCUACCAAAUAUUAACAACUCCUACUUGACAGAGUGUGUGUUCAAUCGUACAACAGACCCUGACUGCCCUAUCUUCAGACUCAAAGAUAUUGUUGCUGAGGCUCAAGAGGAUUUUCAGACCAUGGCAGUCCAUGGAGGAGUGAUGGGAGUGCAAAUUCGGUGGGAUUGUGACCUCGACAUGCCAGAGAGUUGGUGUGUGCCUCGCUACACUUUUCGCAGACUAGACAACAAAGACCCAGAAAAUAACGUGGCCCCAGGGUACAACUUCAGAUUUGCAAAAUAUUACAAGAACAGUGAUGGCAAGGAAGUCAGGACCCUUAUCAAGGGUUAUGGCAUUCGCUUUGAUGUCAUGGUAUUUGGCCAGGCAGGAAAAUUCAACAUUGUACCAACACUUCUGAACAUAGGUGCAGGCUUGGCACUUCUAGGCCUGGUGACUGUUAUCUGUGAUUGGAUUGUCCUGACAUUCAUGAAAAGAAAACAUCAUUACAGUGAGCAGAAAUAUACUUAUGUUGAUGACUUUGGACUGUUAUCCAAUGAAGAAACAUAGAGGAUCUUCAGGCAUGAGCACAGCACAAACAAAUCCUACAUUAAUUCUACACAAAUUAGUAAUUCUACACACAUUUCAUCAUCUAGUGAAUGUUUAUCAGGUUUACAAGUGCAGCUGUUCCAAACUGACAAUUGAGGGUAAUGUUAUGAAAAAUAAUUAAACAAAUUUUUUUUUGAUAACAUGAUCAGUGUGAUUUUAUCAGUGAUGUGGGUAAUGUUUGUUCCAGUGGAGGGCAAUAGAGACAACAGAGAAAUAUAACCUGAACUGGGAUGAGAUCUUUGGUGGGACACUUGUAUUUAAGGGGGCACAAUGGAUGUGUUAAAUGUACAAAUGUUUUUUAUUUUACCUGACUUUUUGACUUGGUAUUAUUCAAAUUAUUAUAAAUUGUAUUAGCAGAGACUACUGUCAAUCGAUUCAAAUAAUUAUAAUUAAUCACGGUUUAUUUUGUGAUUCCAGAACUGUAUGUUCUUGAAUAAGUCGUUGAAUUAAAAUAAUUCAUAUGAUGUGAGUUUA